UGAUUGCACCAUCGCGUGAGAUUUUAUUUACCAUUUUAUUUACUGCCCCUCAAAAAAAUUGCGAUUCCCGCAGCAAAUAGACUAGACUCUGUCGCUCCCUCUAUUUCGUUGCGUCUCUGUUUUCUUUCUCUCUCUCAAAAACGAUUCAAAACUAAUUCACUGUUGAAAGCUAAAACCUCCAUUUUUUUUCUCAAUCCUUUUAGAUUUUUGCAUGCCUUAGCUCUGCUGUAAAUUAGGUGCAAAUCUCCAUUUUUAUCAUCGUUUUGGAAUUUUUUUACCGCGCGGAAGACUUUUUGUUGAGGAGAUGAACUGCAUUAUCGUAUUUCGCUAAGAAAGUUUCGGGAUCAGAUUUAUAUUCUCCGUUUUGGAUUCGUUGAAGUGGAGAAACUUUUCUUGGGCUGUACUAUAGCUCAAGAAAAAUGAAUAGUAACAGUUCUGGUGGAGGUGGUGAUAAUUUUGACUGGGAUACUGAAGAUGAGCUGGAAAUUGAUAAUUAUGCCAUCGCCUCCCACUCAGGGGUGACAAUUCCUACUGGAGAAGCUGUUUUGGGCUCAGCAGAGGCAAGUCUGUCUGCAGAUUCUUCCAAUUCCAAGGUAAUUGAUCAUUUUGUAGGAAUGGGGUUUUCGAAAGAAAUGGUUGCCAAAGCAAUUGAAGAAAAUGGAGAGGAAAACUCAAAUUUGAUACUUGAAACUCUCCUUCAGUACUCGGCAAGCUCAUCGCCUAGUUCUUCCAACUCCAAAUUGAUAGAUCAUUUUGUAGGGAUGGGUUUCUCUGAACAAAUGGUUAUCAAAGUGGUUCAGGAAAACGGAGAGGGAAAUACAGAUUCCAUAUUGGAGACUCUAUUGACAUAUUCAGCCCUUGAAAAACCUGCUCCCAUGCAGCAACAUGCCGAUUCUGGUAACUGCUCAUCAGAUUAUGAAGGGAGCUUUCUGGAUGACUUUUCAGAUAUUUAUAGUUCUUCUGAGACUGAGGAAUUCAUGAAUCCUGAUUCUGAUGAGGAGAGUAAAUUGUUGUUCUUGACGAAAAUGGGGUACUCAGAGGCGGAGGCUUCAAUAGCCAUGGAGAGAUGUGGUCCAGACUCCUCAAUUGCAGAGUUGACAGACUUUAUAUGUGCCGCUCAAAUGGCCAAGGCUGCUGAUGCACUUUUUCCCCUUGAAGACAAGAAGCCAUUCUGCAAUGACUCUAAUCACAAAAAGAGGCGAAACUUGGACUAUGAUUUGUGGAAAAGGAAGAAGCAGAUGAAGCUUCAAAAGAGGCUUCUUGAUGGAGCUGAAGAUGCGCUUCAUCUUCCAAAUCCAAUGAUUGGUUUUGGGGUCCCAACUGAUAUAGACCAGAUAACUCAUAGAACACUUCCAGAAACUGCUAUUGGGCCUCCUUACUUCUACUAUGAGAAUGUUGCACUCGCUCCAAAAGGGGUUUGGCAAACCAUUUCACGUUUCUUAUAUGAUAUGGAGCCAGAGUUUGUUGAUUCAAAGUAUUUUUGCGCUGCUGCAAGGAAAAGGGGCUAUGUUCAUAAUCUGCCUUUGGAGAACAGAUUUCCCCUUCUUCCAUUUCCACCUCGCACCAUACAUGAUGCUUUUCCAUUAACCAGGAAAUGGUGGCCUUCUUGGGACACAAGAACAAAGUUGAACUGCUUACAAACAUGCACAGCAAGUGCAAAAUUGACAGACAGGAUCCGCAAGGCACUUGAAAAUCUUGGUGAUGAGCCACCUUUGACUGUCCAAAAGUUUGUUCUUGAAGAAUGCCGAAAGUGGAAUCUGGUCUGGGUUGGAAGGAAUAAGGUUGCACCACUUGAGCCUGAUGAAGUGGAAAUGCUUUUGGGGUUCCCUAGAAACCACACAAGGGGAGGAGGAAUUAGUCGGACUGAUAGAUAUAAAUCACUUGGUAACUCGUUCCAGGUUGACACAGUGGCUUACCAUCUCUCAGUUUUAAAAGACAUGUUCCCUGGUGGUAUCAAUCUCCUAUCGCUUUUCUCUGGGAUUGGUGGUGCAGAGGUCGCCCUCCACCGGCUUGGUAUACCUUUGAAGAAUGUUGUAUCAGUUGAGAUAUCAGAAGUAAAUAGAAAUAUCGUUAGGAGUUGGUGGGAGCAAACAAAUCAAAAAGGGACUUUGAUUGACAUACCAGAUGUGCAACAACUGAAUGGUGAUCGUUUAGAGCAAUUGAUGAACACAUUUGGUGGAUUCGACCUUGUUGUUGGUGGGAGUCCGUGUAAUAACCUUGCAGGUAGCAACAGACAUCAUCGAGACGGACUUGAGGGUAAAGAAUCUUCCCUCUUCUUUGAUUAUUGUCGUAUACUAGAACUGGUUAAAUGUAUAUCGGCAAGGAAUCAAUGAUUUCAUUUGAAGGAGGUUAGUUAUGGAUACUUGCUUCAAAAUUAUUUUUCCUUGCAUCCUCAAUAUUGUCUGAACAUAAAAUUGGAAUAAUGAUGGACAUUUUUUCCAAACUCAUGUUUAGCAUCAAAUUCAAAGGGAAAUGAAUUGUUUAAAAUUGAUGGGAAAGUUGUUGGAUAUAGUUUUGACUAAUAUAUUUGUCAUUGUGUGUC